AGUCGUCGCUCAGACUUUCGCAUAGCUAAUUCGUGAAACGGUCAAAAACAUCUGUCCGCCUCAGAUUUGCUCUUUGCAAGCACGCAACACAUAAAUUAAGCACGCUGAUACGAACAGAGUGUCUAUAAUCAUCGCUCAUUAAGUAGAGAUUACCUAUUAUAAUAAACAGAGGUACUACAAGCCUUGCAAGUCGUACGGCAAUACGAGUAUGUUGGAGAAGAUUACUGAGUCUUAUCAGAAGUAAACAAUUAGUGUCUAACAAACGCUUGCACUUAAACGACGACAGCCUUCCACAGUCAAUUAAUAGACGAAUUCCCAUUCGAAUAUUAGCGAUGCAAUUUGUGUUGCUCUGCUGUUUGCUGCUGGCUCUCCUCCCGCAGCCCAGGCCUGUGGAGGGAGCCAAGAUACUGGCAGUCUAUGCAUUUCCAGGAAAGUCGCAUUUCAUGAUGCACACGGCCCUCAUGAGGGAGCUCGUCGAGAGCGGCCACCAGGUGACCAUGAUCACCGCGUUUUCGCUGGAGAAGGAGCAGCUGGGCAGCAACUACACGGAGAUUCUGAUAGAGCCCGUCUACGACUUCUGGCACGAUGUCAAGCUGAGCUUUGGAGCCCAGCACUUGUUCGAGCUGACGCGCAUGACCAACUAUGAUUUCCUGAAGAUGCUGGAGAUCAUCGGGCUGAAAACCACCGAGCACGCCCUCCGGCAGCCCAAGGUUCAGGCCGUGAUUCAUGCCAAGAAGACGGAAGGAGUCUUCGAUCUCCUGCUGGCCGAGCAGUUCUACCAGGAGGCAUUCCUGGCCCUUUCACGCAUCUACAAGAUACCCGUGGUCACGACCAGCACGCUAGGCUACGAGAACCACAUGAGCCAGAUGAUGGGUCUGAUCACGCCCUGGUCCUUUGUGCCGCACGGCUUUAUGCCGUUCACCGAUCGCAUGAGCUUCCUGGAGCGCGUUAAGAACUCGUACGCCUCGCUCUACGAGGACCUGGACCGCCUACUCAGCUACUUCCCCAAAAUGGAUGCCGUCGCGAGGGAGUUCUUUGGCCCCGUCCUGGGCGAGGUGCCAAAGGUCAGGGAGAUGGAGAGAGAGAUCUCUGUGAUGCUGCUCAACAGUCACGCACCGCUGACCACGGCCCGCCCCACUGUAGAUGCCAUGGUGCCCGUGGGCGGGAUGCACAUCUAUCCCCCCAAGGCCCUGCCCGCGGACAUGCAAGCGUUCUUGGAUGGAGCCAGCGAGGGCGCCAUCUUCUUCAGCCUGGGCAGCAACGUCCAGAGCAAGGAUAUGCCCCAGGAGAUGCUGCAGCUGUUUCUACAGGUAUUUGGCUCUCUGAAGCAACGAGUGCUUUGGAAGUUCGAGGACGAAAGCCUCCGCCAGCUGCCGUCCAACGUGAUGGUCCGCAAAUGGCUGCCGCAGGCGGACAUCUUGGCCCAUCCCCAGGUGAAGGUGUUCAUCACCCACGGGGGGCUGUUUGGCACCCAGGAAGGAGUGCACUACGCCGUACCCAUGCUGGGCAUCCCCUUCUACUGCGAUCAGCAUCUAAACAUGAACAAAGCCGUGCUGGGCGGCUAUGCCAUUAGCCUGCACUUUCAGUCGAUCACAAGUGAGGUCCUUGAGCACUCCCUGCUGCAGCUGAUCCACAAUGCCACCUACAAGGAGAGCGUCCAGCGCGUUUCGAGCAUUUUCCGGGAUCGCCCCCAGGAGCCGCGCAAGAGCGCCGUCUAUUGGAUCGAGUACGUCAUCCGCCACAGGGGAGCACCACACAUGCGAUCCGCAGGAUUGGAUCUCAACUGGUUCCAGUUCUAUCUGCUGGACGUGAUUGCCUUUGUGGUGGCCAUUGCCUUGGCCGCUCUGUUGGCCGCCCUUCUUGCCAUCCGCCUGCUGAUGGGGAGCGACAAGCAGCACAGAAAAUCCAAGACACACUGAAAGAGUGGAGCAUUAUUAAUAAAUUUAAAAUAUGACAUUUCGAAUUUUUCCAUUA